AGUCUCUUUCAACAUUAUUCUCUCAGUCUGCCAAUUUAGUUUUUUGCUUCAGUUGCUAAUUAGAAUGGCUUCAUUGAUUAGUUAUACAUGUACUAGUGUUGUCACCAUAUUGUUGAUUAUUUGUAUACAAAGUGAAGCUCAACUCUCUUCAACAUUCUAUGACUCUACAUGUCCUAAUGCUCUCACUACAAUCCGCACUGCUAUUAGGACUGCCAUUUCUCGAGAGCGUAGAAUGGCAGCUUCUCUCAUUCGUCUCCAUUUUCAUGACUGCUUCGUUCAGGGCUGUGAUGCAUCCAUCUUGUUGAAUUAUUCCUCCACAAUCACCAGUGAGAAAAAUGCCCUGCCUAAUUUGAAUUCAGCAAGGGGAUACGAAGUCAUAGAUAAUGCUAAGUCUCAAGUCGAGAAAAUUUGUCCGGGUGUUGUUUCGUGCGCAGAUAUUCUUACUGUUGCAGCCCGUGAUGCAUCAUUUGCAGUUGGUGGACCAUCAUGGAUAGUUAAACUUGGGAGAAGAGACUCUACCACAGCAAGUUUAAGCUCAGCUAAUACCGAACUGCCUGGCUUUGGAGAUAGCCUUGAUAGACUUGUUUCGAUGUUCGGAGCCAAAGGUUUGAGUGCAAGGGACAUGGUCGCUCUUUCAGGUUCGCAUACAAUUGGACAAGCACAAUGUUUCACCUUCCGUAAUAGGAUUUAUAACAAUGCAAGUGAUAUUGAUGCUGGCUUUGCUAGUACUCGAAGACGUCAAUGUCCAGCUACUGGUGGGAAUGCAAAUCUUGCACCGCUUGAAUUGGUCACACCCAAUUCUUUCGAUAAUAACUACUUCAAGAAUCUUAUUCAGAAGAAGGGUCUUCUUGCAUCAGAUCAAGUACUCUUUAGUGGAGGAUCUACUGAUAGCAUUGUUGAUGAAUAUAGUAAGAACCCAACAAAAUUCAAAUCUGAUUUUGCAGCUGCCAUGAUAAAGAUGGGAGAUAUCAACCUUCUUACUGGUUCUAAAGGACAAAUACGAAAGUUAUGCUAUGCUGUUAAUUAAAUUGCUUCCAUAUUUUAUUCAAAUUUCAAUUGUAAACUGUAUAUGUGAUGAUUCAAUUGAUUGUGGUUCAUUUUCUAGAAUUAAUAAGGGAUGCCUUAAGUAAGAGUGGCAUUCCAGAGAUGCAUACUUCUGUUUAAUUAUUAUUUAUUCUUCAUUAAUUUCAAGUGUAAUAUAUAGAAGUUAUAGUUGUGCAACUUUUGA